AUGAGUCCUCGUGGUCGGCGCAAGCGACGCGAGGGUUCUUUCAUCAUGACCAAUAAUAAUAAGGCAGGAAAGCCUCGACAGCGAGGAGAAGUGUUGGAAUCCACAUUGCAACGACACAAAGAAAAACUGAAAGAAUUGGAAACCAGUUUGAUGCGCAGCAUCGAAGCUUAUCGACAGUCUAUUGUGGGAGAUUCCUCCAAGGUUGGAACCAACAACCACAACAAGAGCCCCAAGAAGUUUAGUCCUGGCAAUGCCGUUCUCUCCAAGUUGUCCAAUCUACACAGCAAUCUAGUGGAAGAAGACGAGCAAGAAUCCGUUAGCAGCAACAACGACAGCAGUCUGCUGUUGAAUUGGGAGGCAUCCGAACAGGACUAUCGAGCCAUUUGUGGUCUCAUCAGUGAACUGAUUGCAUUGGCCUCCAAAAUUCAAGUGACCAUUUUGGGUCAACGACAGCAACAACAACAAGAGUCAGGCAACAGCCACAACAGCAAAAAGUCCUAUUACGAUUGGUUGGCCGAACAACUCUUACUGGGAUUGAUUGAGGCGCAAAAAGAACGGACUCAGUUGGUCGAAAAGGCACUACUAAAAAGGCAACAAACUUUGCAAGCUGAAAACAACAACACAAAAGGACGAUCCCUCUUUGGAUGGCUCAAUAUUGGCGGCGUUUUCGAUACGAAUCAACAGCAGCAACAAGACGACACUGGAGACAACGACGACAAAAUUACCAAGGUGUUGGCCCAUGAAGAUCCUCUUUGUGGACCUCGAUUGGAACAGUUUCAACAUGUUGCCACGGCCAUGCUAGCCACCUUGAAGGAUGAAUCCUCCAACAACAAAAACUACUACCACAAACCGGAUUCUUCCUCGCCCUUUCGACAAAUUCGAAAGGCGCAACGACUGCACCAUUUGCUACAGAAAAUGAAUCAACCAGACGAUGAAGCAGCCAUUCGAUCCGUCAUUGAUGCGUACGCGUGGGUGGGAUCGUAUGAGAGUGCCCGCGCCGCCGAAAAGGCCGCAGCGGAAUACCACCACCACGCGUUGGACGAUUCCGUUUUGCAAGCCUAUUUUCGAGCCGCCCGAUUCUGUCCUCGACGAAAGGACCGCCACAAGGCCGCCAUGAGAGCCGAAGAACUCUUUCGGCAACAAUGGGACAAAAAUAAUAAUCAAAACAACAACAGCAGCACCAAUAGUAGCGAUGAUUACUCCUUUGAAGCCGACAAGUUUACCCAGUGCCAGGAACUCUUGCGAUGCUUGACGGCGGUGGGACCCGAAUUGAUACCGGAUCUGUGCAAACGAGCCGAUAGCUUGGUGGAUCUUUGUAUUGGGAGAGAUCAACUCGAUGAGGUUUGGAGAAAUGGAAGCCUCGGUGGACUCUGGAAAGUGGCCCCUGCGCAUCUUACCCUGUCCGUUCUGAACAGUCUGGUAUUUGUCUACGCGGCAAGCCCGUCACGGCUCCACUUUGCAAAACUCUUGUUGAAAGUGUUGUUGGAAGAUUCAGAUUUGAAUCAUCAUCAUCAUGAUUCUGACGUUCCGUCGUACCCCGAUAUAAGAACAUGCAAAGCCGUCAUGGGGAGUCUGGUUCGAAUGGACGACAGAAGAAAUCAGUUGCAGCGUCUGAGGCCCAAGCAAAGGAAUAAGAAACAGAACGACAACGACAACAAGCAUUCGUCAUCGUCGUCGUCAUCGACUGCAGCAGAGAACUUGGAAUAUGGCAUGAAACUCUUGGACCUCAUGUUGGCUCGGCGUCCUUCUUGCUGGCCCGAUCAACCCUACUUCCAUUCGCUUUUUCGCCUAUUGUUAUUGUCAAGACCCAGAGACGCGGGCAUUGUGGCAGAAGAGUUGCUUUCGACAAUGCACAUUCGGGAAUGCUACAGCCGUUUCGGGAUUCCGAUUGUGACGAGCAAAACGUACAAUUUCGUGCUGCAAGCAUGGCUGGCAUCUGCCGAACAGGGACACCCCGAUGCGGCGAUCAGAGCGUCACGACUGGUUGAUUGGAUGGCGGCACAAUCCCUCCCUCUCCUAACGAGCGACGACAGCAACAGCAAUUUGGCGUACAAGACAGCCGUGAAACCGGAUCGAAACACAUACGAUCUCGUCUUGAAGAUUUGCAGUGCCAUUCGGGUGGACUCGGAGAAGGACAAGGCAUUUGAAACUGCUCUGUCCGUGUACCGAACGAUGCAAGAGCGUGGCUUGAAUCCAGUCAGUGGAACCUUUUCGUUGCUGUUUGCCUGCUGCGAAAACCUGUUGCCAAACAAGUCCAAGCGGACAGCAAUACAAGAACUGUUGGCAGCUGCUCGAAAACAAGGAAGCGUGAACGAGGCGUUGCUUGAAGAGCUAUCGAGUCGAGGCGAUGGGUUGGAUAGCAAUGGCGACGAUGACGAAGAAAGCGCAAAGUCAGGGUUCUCGCUUCUAGCAGAUUUGAAAUAA